GGGGUUUGUAGUCAGGUGCCGGGCGUUUCCGGUGCUCUCCGGGUUCCGGAGUGGGAGAAAUGGCGGGGACUGGAGCGCUGGUGUGGAUUCGCGGCCCCGGCUGCAGCUACAAGGCGGUGCACUGGGCCCCGGCUCGGUGCUCCGUACGAGACAUUAUCCACCGACACUGCCAGCAUCUGGAUGUGCCUGUGGAAUGCUUCUUUGUGAAAUGCGAUGGAGCCCUCAUUAGCACCAGUGGCCCAGUACAGCUUGGAGCUGUUUAUAGUCUGGAACCUAGACUUCGUGGUGGGAAAGGAGGGUUUGGAUCUAUGCUCCGAGCACUUGGUGCUCAGAUUGAGAAGACAACCAAUCGGGAGGCUUGCCGGGACCUCAGUGGAAGGAGAUUGCGAGACGUCAAUCAUGAAAAAGCGAUGGCUGAAUGGGUGAAACAGCAAGCUGAGCGGGAUGCUGUGAAGGAGCAAAAGCGCCUGGAGCGACUGCAACGGAAGCUCGCAGAACCCAAGCACUGCUUCACCAGCCCUGAGUACCAGCAGCAGUGCCAUGAGAUGGCUGAGCGCCUGGAAGAUUCUGUCCUCAAAGGUAUACAAGCUUCCUCCAGCAAGAUGGUAUCAGCAGAAGUCAGUGAGAAUCGAAAACGUCCUAACAGAUCACAAACAGACCAAGGAGUCAGUGCAAAGAAAAAGAAAUGCUUUUGGUUGGGCCUGGAAGGACUGGAGGCUGCUGGGGGCUCCAGCUCUGAGAGUUCAGAUGAUGACAAUGAAGAAGUACCUAGUACUUCAGGCAUGAGCUUCUCCACCCCAAACACCAGCAGGAAUUGUAUUGAGGUGGCAGCCAAAUUUCCCAGCAGUGCUCAGAGGGCAAGAGAGUUGGCUACAGACUCUGAAUCAUCAGAAAAACAACAGAGCCCUGUGACUGGCCCUGGGAAGGGUAUUUCAGAAUACUCAUGUGCUGAGCUGGGACAGACAUCUGCUGAGGAGCACAGGCAAGAAAAGAUGGUUAGAGGAACAGAGGAGACCCGGGAGAGAAAGAAGGCAGAGCAUCAAGAAUCCAUAGAAAAAGUACAAGCUGGGCCUGGACUGAAUAAGGAUGAAGAGACAAAAGAAAUGACUAAUGGAGAAAGAGCUGCCAAGAGAGCUGCUGCAGAAGAUAGGGGAAACAUCCCUGUGGCAAAAGUAGAGGAAACCCCAUCAGGAAACACAGUUCUCAGUGAGGAACGUCUGGAUUUGUUGGUGUUCAGCUCUGUGGCCGAGCUGGAGCUGCUGGGCUUGGAGAAGCUGAAGUGUGUGCUGCUGGCCCUGGGCCUGAAGUGUGGGGGUACCCUGCAGGAGCGUGCAACCAGGCUCUUCUCUGUCAGAGGGCUGACGAGGGAGCAGAUCGACCCGGUGUUAUUUGCCAAACCUUCAAAAGGGAAGAAGAAAUGAAUUCAUCAGAGUUGAUUUCCUAUGUGUAGCCUGUUGGACUCAUGACCAGUGUUCCUAUUGAUAUUAAAGGCUCAUUUUUUAAUAAUCCAG